GGAAACAUUGUCUGUUGUUCUGCAUUUGCCAGUUAUUUGGUCUGGACCUCUCUUCUGAUGCCAAAGUAUUCACAGAACUGAACUGACAGAACUGAACCAGCCCCUUGGAUAUGACUGGCCUUGUAUCUGCAAGAACUGCAGUAGCUACACAUCAAUAACUUCUCCCACUGAAUCCCACUGGAUGCUGGAUUUUCCCCUGGUCAGGAGUGGUUACAUUUUGCUUAACUGUUUGGGAAGAUUAGUUUCAACUGGAACAUUAAAAAGAUGGCUGAAGAAGAAAAACUAUCUCUAAAGAAAGCAAUUCAGUUGGGUAUAAAGGGAUAUAUUCCAGCGAUACAUCUAUGCAUCAGAAAUGAAAACACCCCCAAAAGUUAUGAUGCUUCUUGUUUAGACAAGAUGCAAAUAAAACACAUCUGACUGGUCCAUCCCAAAAAAAGCUGGAUCACUAAUGGAGAGCUGCUGUCAAACAAGAGCCACCAGGAAAGCCAUAGACUCAACCUUACCUUUGAAUUAGUUAACCAUAAGUGUAACAGCCUUUGUAAUACAAAGAUCAUGUUGGCUUCAGACACCGGGAUUUCUGCAUUCCCUGGCUACAAGAAAUCUUUCUGUAAAUUUUCUAUUUAAUUUCUUCAUCUGAGUGUUUGGUCUGAUCAGCAAUUAAAUUUGAAGGAAGAUCCCUAAGGAGAGCACAUCAGUGAAAAGUAUAUGGGAUGGUGAAGAGAAGAAUGAUCAGCUCCAGGAGUAAAGUGCUAAGCUGUACCUCGGGAACGAUCUCAACGUACAGGUCAAAUGACAAAUGAAAUGGGUCGCAAGGAAACACGUUACUUACAGACUCUCAAUUGUGAUUCAAUGGCCCAGCAAGGCAUGAAAAUGCGCCCAGUGCUCCUGAAAAGGAACAGCCUGGACUCUGCUGAUUUCCUGAGGCACCCCCAGCACCGCAGGACCAAAUCCCAGCAGGUCCGGUUCAAGGAGGAUGGUGUGAGCACCAAGGCGGAGCUGGAUGCUCAUCCCGCCCCAGGCACGGCUUUCCCCACUGGAAAAACAGAGAUAUUUAGGGAUCACAAUUUUUUGCUGACUCGCUCUCCAACUUUUCCAAGGGCUCAGAAGGGGCUUCGGAAUAUUGCCAUACAAACCUCUCCCAGCCUCAGGAAACACUUCCCGGUCUUUAAGAAGAAGAAGUUGACAGUAAGUAAAUCGUUAACAGAGAUGCCAACAGAGCCUGCACAUGCCAUCCAGGUAAAUGGCAGUCUCUGUGAACAGGACAUGAUGUCUGCAGAUCUCUGUUACCUGAGGAUAACGAACCACGGGGAGGAUGGAUGCAGGAGUAGUGAGGGGGAUGGGAGGUUGAGUCAAAGAGCACCAAAAGCACAAAGCAACGGGCCCAUCUACUCAGAUGAUUCCUCAGUAUCAGAGAAGACAACUGUGUCCACACAGGUGCCUGAAUACAUACACGUGAGCUUUCCACAGGACAGAAAUGUUUCCAUGGAUGCACCAGACACAGCCACCAAUCCAAGUCAUUCCCUGCACUCCUCUGCUGUCAUCCACGGCACCGAGAGCAAUGAGAACAGCACAGUGUCCUCUGAGUCUGACAGAGCAGAGCCUUGCCUGAGCAACUCUGCCAACUGCAGGGAAUGUGAUCCCCCUUCUGCUGCUUGUGAAGUGGGCAAGAGCGAUUCUGAGCUGCCUGCAGCCAGCAGAGAUGCCAGCAGCAAGGAACCCUCCCCAGUGUCACCUCCAUCAAAUCACAGCUCAUCUCCUUGUUUCCUCAGAGACUGUCACCAGGCAGGAGAGCACAAACCAGAUUCCAGCUGCCUGACGUCCCCAGGUGACCACACAGCCACAUCAGCGACCAGCAGUGACGCACCACAACCUGCUCUGUCCUGUAAUCCUGAAAUCCAGAAGAACUCCACCCAGUCAGAUGCUUCCCAGUGCAACAGCUGUUUAGAAGGAUUUCACAUAAAGUCUUAUCCGCCAAGGAACGAAAUCAAACCGCAAACCAACAAAGAGAUUAGUGAAAUAAAUCAAAUUCACUUGGCACAUGGCGAACUCUGUGCCCUCCAAGGCAGGCUGCAGUCUGUGGAGGAAUCCUUGCAGUCCAACCAGGAGAAGAUUAAAGUCCUUUUGAAUGUAAUCCAAGACCUGGAAAAAUCCAGAGCUCUGAGUGAAGGGAGGAACUUCUACCACACUGGCCAAGACCUGAACAACUGCAGCACCUGCCAGAACACCGCCUGCAUCAUCUACAGUGUAGAAUAUGACUUCAGACAACAAGAAGGAAGAUUUCACCAGAUUUUGAAAACACUGGAUAAUGCAGAGCAAGAUUCAGCUUCAGCUUCACCUCAGAAGCCACCACCUGAUCCUCCAGCUCCAGAGAAAAAGGAGUUAAGGAGGAAAACAAAAAAGAUGAAAAGAAAAUGCUUCUGGUGGAUUUGACUUCCUUCUGCCUCCUUUUACAUUUCAAAAGACACUAGAACAGAAAGAGCUCGGGAGCACAGGCCUGAAAUGUGCUGUUACAAAGCCACAAAGGUAAAGAAUGUUUAAUUAGGGUAUCUGAAAAAAAUCAAAAUAAUUGAAUUUAAUCAUCUCACUGAAUAAAGGUGCAUGAAGAUGCUAUUUUCAAAAGAGAAAUUGUUUCUUUCAGAAGGAAGCUCUCAUUUUUUUUCCAAGGACACUUUCAUAUGCUUUCUAAAGACCUUUUUUUCAACUUUCCAAAAAUAGCAAGGUUCAAAUCUCUACUUAAAAAAAAACAAAAACAUAACAACCAUGGUAGAUGAAGCUAAGCAUGUCACACAGCAUUCAUUUCCUGUUUAUAAACAACAUGGACUAAAAUGCAAGAACUUCACUGAUCUUUGAACAAACCACACCAUCAAGAACAAAUUCAGGGAAACCUAUGCUGUUCAUACAACUCUCUCCUCAAAGGAGAUAAUUAUAAUUGUUCCACUUCCCCACUGAAAUGUUUUUGUUGCUGUCGUUCAUCUAAUAUUGAACAACAUCAAAAAAAGGAAUUUUGGUGUAAGUUUUACUCUGCCCUUUUAUUUGUUCAUUA